AUAAUAAAUUACUGCUUGAAAAAAAUGUUUGUAAUUAAUUCCAAACAAUUUAUAUCGCCAUCACUGUAAGGAGAAGCAAAGCUUUCGCUUAAUAAAAUCUGCGAGUGAGCAAGAACCUCAAAUACUUACGGUUUUAGUUGAUAGCCAGCAGAGUAACCGAGUGCUUGACUUUGUUGUGAAAAUUAAAAGAAACCAGAAAUGACAGAAGAUUUAUGUGCUAUUCAACUAACGUUGCCACAAGGUGAAAUUCGUGGUGCAAAAUGCAAAACUAUUUACGAUCAUGAUUAUGUCAGCUUCGAAGGCAUACCAUAUGCUAAACCACCGUUGGGUAAUUUGCGCUUUAAAUCUCCUCAACCAGCUGAACCAUGGUCUGGUGUGAAGGACUGUAGUAAAUGCGCUAGCAAGCCCAUGCAAAAAAAUGUACUGACUGGUGAAUUGGAAGGUUCAGAAGAUUGCUUAUACUUAAAUGUUUAUGUUAGCAGGCUAAAAUCAGAAAAACCGCUUCCGGUUAUGGUUUAUAUAUAUGGUGGCGGUUUUUUUGAAGGUGAAGCCACAAGAAACUUAUACAGUCCUGACUAUUUUAUGCAAGAAGAUGUUAUACUCGUUACUUUCAAUUAUCGCUUGUGUUCGUUAGGAUUCCUUAGUCUAAAAGAUCCAACUCUACAAGUACCAGGCAAUGCCGGUUUGAAAGAUCAAGUAUUGGCAUUAAAAUGGGUUAAUCAAUACAUAUCUCACUUCAAUGGCGACACAAAUAAUAUCACACUAUUCGGUCAAAGUGCAGGAGGUGCAUCAACUCAUUACAUGAUGGUCACAUCACAGACUAAAGGACUUUUUCAUAAAGCCAUACCAAUGUCUGGUUGCAUAUUAAAUUCUUGGGCUAACACACCACCUAGAGAUUAUGCUUUUCUUUUGGCCAAAUAUCACGAUUACGAAGGUGAAAAUAUUGAUAAGGAUAUAUUGGAAUAUCUGCGUUCUCUUGAUGCUACCAAAUUGGUUAAACAUAAUGUACUUAACAGUGCGGAUCAUAGAAAUGGUGUAAUGUUUCCCUUUGGACCCACAAUAGAGCCAUAUAUUGGUGAAGAUUGUGUUAUACCAGAAGAGCCACUUGAAAUGCUAAAGAGAGCAUGGAGUAAUGAUAUACCAAUUAUGAUAGGUUGUACUUCAUUUGAAGGUUUACUUAUGUAUCCACACCUGAAACAGUUUCCAAUGGCUAUGAAUUUGAUCAAAAAUGAUCCUGAGCUGCUACUACCAAAAAAUAUACGAGAUUUACAUACAGCAGAAGAAAAUAAAAAUUUGAGUGCAGAAUUAAUAAAAUUGCACUUUGGUAAUACUGAACCGAAUGCCGAAUCUAAGUUUAUGUUUAUGGAUUUGUAUUCAUAUAAAGUUUUUUGGCAUGGAGUUCAUCGUACAGUAUUGUCCCGUCUUACAUAUGCUACAGCCCCAACCUUUUUAUAUCGUUUUGAUUUUGACUCUCCGGAUUUCAACUAUCAUCGAAAGAAAUUCUGUGGCGAAGAUCCAGUACGCGGUGUUGCACAUGCUGAUGAGUUGUCUUAUCUAUUCUAUGCUGCACAUUCUUGGAAGCUUUCAACGGAUUCGGCGGAAUUUAAAACUAUACAACGAAUGAUUAGCGUCUGGACUUCAUUUGCCUUGAAGUCUGAUCCAAAUUGUGAUGAAAUCAAACCUAUUGUAUGGGAACCUCUUAAUAAAUCUAAUCCAAACAAAGGAUUGAAUAUAAGCGAAAAUAUUGAUAUCAUUGAUAUACCAGAGAAAUCGAAAUUAGCAGUGUGGGAUACUUUUUAUAGCAAAAAAGAUUUAUUUGUGAUUGAAAUUCACUUUAAAUUACCACAAGGCGAAAUUCGCGGAGCGAGAAGAAGAAGUAUCUAUGGUGACGACUAUUUCAGCUUUGAAGGAAUUCCAUAUGGUAAACCACCUCUAGGUGAUUUGCGUUUCAAAGCACCCCAACCCGCUGAGCCGUGGUCUGGAGAAUUAGAUUGCACCAAGUGUGCAAGUAAACCGGUUCAAAAAAAUAUUAUGACCGGUCAAUUGGAGGGCACAGAAGAUUGUUUAUAUUUAAACGUCUAUGUGAGAAAGUUGAAAUAUAUUAACCGCCUACCAGUCAUGGUUUAUAUAUAUGGUGGUGGAUUCUAUAUGGGAGAAGCGACACAAGACCUCUAUAGUCCCGAUUACUUUAUGCGGGAAGACGUAAUACUUGUCACUCUUAACUAUCGUUUAUGUGCUUUAGGUUUUCUGAGUCUUCAGGAUCCUUCUCUCGAAGUACCAGGCAAUGCUGCAUUAAAAGAUCAGGUACUAGCUUUGAAAUGGGUUAAACAAUACAUAACUCACUUCAAUGGUGACGCUGAUAAUAUCACAUUAUUUGGUGAAAGCGCAGGUGGUGCCUCAACUCAUUAUAUGAUGUGUACAACACAGACAAAAGGUCUUUUCCAUAAAGCCAUACCAAUGUCUGGUUGCAUAUUAAAUACUUGGGCUAAUACACCACAAAAGGAUUAUGCUUAUCUUUUAGCUAAAUAUCACGGUUAUGAAGGCGAGAAUAUUGAUAAAAAUGUAUUAGACUAUUUGCGAAGUCUUGAUGCUACCAAAUUGGUAACGCAUAAUUUGCUUACCGAAACAGAUGUUAGAAAUGGUGUACUAUUUCCAUUUACACCUACAGUGGAACCAUAUAUUGGUGAAGAUUGUGUUAUACCAGAAGAGCCAAUAGAAAUGGUGAGAAAAGCUUGGACUAAUGAUAUACCAAUUAUGAUAGGUGGUACUUCAUUUGAAGGCUUGCUUAUGUAUCCACGUCUAAAACUAUUUCCAAAAGGUAUGAAUUUAGUUAAGACAGAUCCUGAACGAUUGUUACCAAAAGAGGUGCGAGACGCACAUACACCAGAGGAUAAUAAGAAGCUAAGUGCAGAUUUAAUAAAAUUUCAUUUCGGCGAUACUGAACCAAACUCGGAGGCAAUGUUUAAAUUUAUGGAUUUAUACUCAUACAAAGUUUUUUGGCACGGCUUCCAUCGAACAAUUCUUGCACGUCUUGAAUAUGCUAAAGCGCCUACUUACUUAUAUCGUUUUGAUUUUGACUCUCCAGAUUUCAAUCAUUAUCGCAAAAAGUUCUGUGGCGAAGAUCCAGUACGCGGUGUUGCACAUGCUGAUGAUUUGUCUUAUCUGUUCUAUGCUGCACAUUCUUGGAAGCUUUCAACGGAUUCGGCGGAAUUUAAAACUAUACAACGAAUGAUUAACAUCUGGACUUCAUUUGCCUUGAAAUCUGAUCCAAAUUGUGAUGAAAUCAAACCUAUAAUAUGGGAACCACUCAAUAAAUCUAAUCCAAACAAAGGAUUGAAUAUAAGCGAAAAUGUUGAGUUCAUGGAAAUACCAGAAAAAUCGGGAUUGGAGGUGUGGGAUACUUUAUACAAAAAGAAAGAUUUAUAUUAAUUGCUUACACUAUAUUUGAAGUAUAUAUAUCCAUAUUAAUUUUUAAAACAUAUGACAACUUCU